AUGUGUCAACCAACCUCUCCACCGCUAUUUCCGUCAUCCCUCACCCGACAGAACCGGAUUCCCUUGACCUCCAUCCCCGCAAAUGCCUCCUCAACUGGUGGCCAUUAUCCUAUUCACCUCGGAGACGAGCUUCAUAAUCGCCGGUUCCGGGUUAUUCAUAAGCUAGGCUACGGCGGCUCCUCAAUAGUAUGGCUCUGCCGUGACCAAAGUCAAAACAGCCCGACGUACGUCGCAGUCAAAAUCUUCGUCGCCCGCCUACAAGAAGCAGAAUGCCGCGAGUUACUCGUCUUUAAAGACCAAAAUCUCCAUUAUCAGAGUCGUUACUUUUGUCUUCCCAAGGAGCAAUUUACUAGGGAGAGCCCCAACGGAACGCAUCUCUGCCUUGUCUUUCCGGUACUCGGGCCGACGGUGGACCAGGCCGCCUGGAUUUUCAACGAGGAGCAAGACGUAGAUAGCGUCGCUCUUCGUAAAUUUAUCUUGCCACAAGCAAUAAUUAUCAACUUUGGGCAAGCCGUGGAAACAGCCGUGGAAACGCCACCAUUUAGCAUACCGACGAACUAUGCGGCACCGGAGAUGACUGUAUUAGACGAAGAAGACUACGAAGAUGAGAUUUCCUCCGUGAUAGGAGAGCGACCGAAUCCGUUGGAAGGUCAGCCUGUAAACGGGAAUGUUGAUACGGCGGCCGCUCGCCAGAUCUGCAAGAGGGCCUUUGGCGACGACACCACCGCGGAACAGGAGCAGUGGGCGGAGAUGCUCGCAGGCCUGCUGAGUGUACACUGUUAUAAAGAGGGACUGGAGAGAAUGCUGCUAGUGCUACUGGCCAUAUAUGAGCGGAUGUGGACUUUCUCUUUCGAGAGGGCGCAUCUGCAGCCGGAUGACAGCUUGAUGAUGGACAAAGGAAUGAACCUGGUUGUGUCUUGGACGCUGUCAAGCGUGGCGUUCAAGCUUUUCAAGGCCAACUUCCGUUCUGCUUUCCAAGGGGCUAUCGAGACCCAGUAG